CGUUAGUGUCAAGAAUUAUACGGGAUAUUUUUAAGUGAUAGCGCACUUAUUUUUCCCAUUCUUGUCCGCUUUGACUACCAACUUACUUGUAUGUAAUUGCGGCGACUAAGUAGCAGUAGCACUUAAAAUUUCCGAGCCACUGACUUGAAUUACCGCUGAUGUUUUGCAGUUUCGACUUGCAAAGUAGCCUUUUUGAUUUUGUAAAAUUCAUCAAGAAGAAUCGUAUAUCGAACCUCUAGUUUCAGUAUGCAAGUGCCGCACUCAUUGUAAUCUUGCAGUCCGACUCCGCAGACAAUCUGUGGGACAAAAAAAAAGAAUUCCUGAAAACAUGGACGUGGUGUCACAAAAGGGAACUGCGCGCAGCUGCAAGAUUUGCGAAGGCAGGAAGCAACGCAGCAGUGUCGUAAAAGCACAGUCGGCGUUGUGUCUCAGCGUCUGUUCUUCCACCCCCGCAAACACUUUUCCCAGGCUGAACUAGGUGUGUAGCAUUCCUGCAUUCCAGAAAGUAAGAGGACGCCAAAAAGAAAUCCAGCAGCAUUUAUUCGACACGCUCGACCACACGUGUUUCACACCCCGAACGACAUCUUGAACAAGCUUGUAAGCUCACUGGACCCGCAACUGCUCUGGGAGCUGAAGACAAGGAAAAACUGUACCAGGAGCGCUGUUCCCAAGUCGGAAAAUUGAUUGUAAUUGUAUGAAGUAAGACGACAAAGAAUUUUGGUGCGCGUGGAAUCCGGUUCCCGAGGCUAGCGGAUUAAAAUCAAGUUCUGGCGGCUAAGAUGUCGAGCGGCGGUUGGGGAGACUGGAGCUCCUACUGGAGGCGUGGGAGUAACAAUGACAACACCGCUCAAAACAACAACCAGACAGGGGGCUCCCAGGCUAGCAACCAGCAAAACAACCGAGGGAGCGGAAACAGCAUGAGCGCCGACGGGCGAAAUUCGCAGCAACAGGGUGCAAAUAACCCGCAAGGGGGCUAUAAUGCCACACAAAAUAAUAACCAGGCCGGGCCGAGCACUAAUGGAACCGGUGGCAACGCGAACACCGCGCAGUCCGUCGGCAACAGCGGUGCAGCGGGCGGAGCCACUGCUGCGGGAAAUAACAAUAACAACCCCUACCAGAACUUCGGACCAGGACAGCAAGGUGGUAACAAUCGGGGGUUUGGAUCGCAAAACCAGCCGACAGGCUCGAUUGGGACCAUGAACCACGGUAUGGCAGCCACUUUCCAGGGGACGAAUGCAGGGGGCGCGGGGCAAAACAAUAUGGGCGGUGGCAACAUGAACCAAAUGGGUGGAGGCAUGAUGGGCGGAAGCCAAAACAGUAACCCGAACGCCAUGGGGGCUGCAAACAGUAUGCAGAACACAAUGAGUGGAAGCAACCAGAACCCUGGCAUGAUGGGCUACGGUGGGGCAAACCAACAAAACCAAAAUGCCGGCAGCAUGAUGGGCGGGCAGGGGAACGCGAUGCAGAUGCAGAACAACAUGAACGCACAGAACCUGCAACAAAGCAUGAACCAACCUGGGGGCGCGAGCAACCAAAGCACGGCGGGAGGCGGCCCGGUCGUGGGAGCUCUUUCUAUGAGCAAUUUAACCCAGAUGUCCAGCUCCUUGCAGCAGCAGCAGCAGCUGUCGCAUCAGCAGGGGGGUCCGGGAGCAAAUCAGAUGAUGCAGGGCGGGAUGUACGGGGCGCAGAACACGAUGAAUUUGCACCAGAACCUGAUGAACCCGGACGGCACCAUGCCGGAUCAGGGUUCUUUGAACGCGUCCACGAUGAGCAUGAACCAAAACGACGGCACGCAGUCGCAGGUUGGUCAGCUGACGGCCACGCAGUCGAUGAUGAGCUCGCACUCGAACGUCGGCGGCAUGGGGCAGCACACGCAGAGCCAGGGCGGCGCUGCGGGUUCCUUUAACCAGUUUCAGUACAACCAGCAGGGCAGCAGCAGCAGUUUGAACGCGGGACAAGCCGGGCAGCAGUUCCAAUACAACAUGGGCGGGGGCCCCGGGUCGCAGUUGCAAACGCAAGGCAGCGCCACGUUUUACCCCGCCGCCACCUUUUCGCAGAACCCCUCAGGAAACAACCUGAUUCCGGCAUCCACCACCUCGGGCACCGCGGUGCAGAUGGGGUUCCAGGCCCCGCCUACUUCCACUGGCACCACGGCCAGCGGUGCCGCCGCGCCGGAGCCACCGAAGAAGAGCAAGGCGUUUGCAAUCAUCAAUCCCAACACAGGGAAGAGCAUAAGUGACCAGGUGAAGGACGACGAGGCGCGCCGCCAGAGCAAGGAAAAGCAGGAAGAGGGAGGGUCGGCGCUCGCCAAAACCCAGUCGCUGCUCGUCGGGGCGGGCGCUACGGCAAAUGGCACAGCCACGAAUGAGCAGACGCCCGCAAGCACCUCCGCGGACCCCAAGCAAGCCCAGACCGUGCCCGCGACCCCGAUCGUGCUGGCCGCGGCCGACGGUGGCGCCGGCACCGCGGCGCCGAUGGCGACACCGGGCGCACCAGAUGGGGGCGACGGACCGGCGUCUACGGCCGGCAAGAGAGAGGAAGCGCCGGAGCAGCCGGGGAGCGCGGAGUCAACAGGCAGCAAGCUCCCGGUGUCAAGUACGGAGUCCACGGCAGGAACCAGCAAGUUGGCGAAGCAGCGCGAUAUGUUUGCUGCGUUCGACGAAAAGACCAAGGGGCGGAGUAAUGCGGCCUUUCUUCAAUCGAAAGGCCUCGGGCUCGGUGUCCAGACCGCGACCAGGAAGGAUCAUAAGGCCUUUAUCAACACUGGGGCAAGAGCACAGCAUCACCUCCAGCACCACGAUAUCAAGGAGCCGCACAGUAAAAACGGAGCAGACGUGAAGAGCAAGGAGCACAUCAAGAAGGAAGGCGCGACAAGCAAAGCGGGGGUGCUGGAUGGGUACGCUACCUUGCAGGAGUACAUGAAAGCGCAGCAGGAGAAGGCGCAUCUGCCGAAGCCUCAUAAAGCGGCGAAACAAAAUAAGCCGUCACCCACUCUGCAGCCCCAGCCUGUUGCUUCCGGCGCCGGGGAGCAGCCGCCCACCUCGCGGCCGAAGCCACAGCAGCCUGACGCGGCGUUGAGCGAGCACCUGAAAGAGGAUGCUGUGCACCAGCCGCUGGCGCCGAUGGAAAAGUUGCACGCAAAGCUGGCCGCCAAACGAGGCGGAGAUAAGUAUUUCAACGCGGAUCACAAGUUCGAGAACCGCGACGACUUAAAGAAGCAGUUUAUGGAAAGUCUGCAAAAGAUCAGUCGGCGGGAGAAACACCGCAGCAGCGCGGACGCCGCGGACAGGGAUACGGGGAGCCUACUGAAAAGCGGGCCCAAGAGCGACAAGCCGGCGACACCAUCACCCACGACGGAGCCGGAGGAUGGCGGGCGGAAGGCGUUCCAGCCCGGCUCCCGCACUACCGCGCAAUCCAAGGACACCACGCUGCGCACGCGCAACCAGUCGGCGAAGCCCUCGCACCGCAACGAUUUGAUCGCCGCCCUCGCGCUGGAUAGCGAACACGGGACGACGCGCCAGGCGCGCCGCAGCGUCAACAGCUUGGACCUGCACAACAAAACCACCUCCAGCUCGUCCAAGCGGUCCAAUCGCUCCCCACUAGAUGCCGGCGGUAACGUGCCGGACCCCCGUACCUCGGACAUGAGCGCAUACACCUUAGGGGGCAACAAGCGCGAGAAGAAGAAGCUGCAGAAUCGUGCGCUCGCGGACCUGGGGAAUGCAGCUGCAGAGCCUGGGGGCGGCGGCGCUCAGGCUGACGGAAAAGUACUUUUCUUUACUUGCGAUACUUCUGACGUUUUGAUGGAGAUAUUUUGACUUUCUACUAAAUAAACAUGUACAUCAUGGAAUCACUACAGCCGGUUGACGCGGCUCCUCACAUCCCUGCAGCCAGCAAGUGCUGGUGUUCUUUUCUUGUUGUAGGAAAGCUGUGCAUGAAAUUCUAGAUGAAGGCACACGGAUAAUAAGAGAGCUGUUCGUCAGACUUGCGUGUGCCUACGUAUCUGAAAUCAACAAAGAUUUGACCUCUACUCUAACUUGUCAGGGUCAGCAGACGGCGCAACCACCUUUACCCAUUGGUACCCUAUCCACCGCCAACGUGCGCGCCUUCACUCAGGGAACAGGGUACCAACCGAACGACGCGUACUUGUAUCAGGCGGGCUUUCCGCAAAACCAACACCAUAUGAUGAUGGCGCAAAACAACAUGCACGGCAUCGCCAACGGUGCUCAGCAAAAUCAAGUCGGAAUGCAGCAGCUGCCCGUUGCUUCCCAAGAUCUCACCCAAGGCACGGAAGCACUCUACCAAGCAAUGCGCAUUCGCUUUGACGAGCUCAAGAUACCCGGGGAGCUGAUGAUGAAAACAGUAUUUCAAAAUUUCCAUACACUUUCUCGCCCUUUGUUGUACAUGCACUUAGACAUCAUCUUCCAGGCUCGCAGCGUACUAUCGAAUCAAAAUCUGGAUGAAGAGACAGUGCAAAGUCUGCUUGCUUUAUAUAGUGUGCAAAACCAUAAUAUCCGCAACAAAAUCAUAGGCGGAAUAUUGUAUGCACCUCGUAGUCACCAACGAGAUUGACGUGGAGGUGCAGCAGGUGCUAGCGAACGCUCCCGACAACAACAUAGUGCAAGUGCGCGGACAGAUGAUGCGUAGUGCACAACAUCGUGGGGCGCAGCUUUUGGCCGCCUGGGCCGUGCGCGAGGAUUUGUUCUUUGACGUAAAGAACCCUCCGACACUUACCGACCUCCAACAGACUAUCAUGGAUUGGUAUAGCCGCGGCCAAUGGCAGCAAGCGGAUGGUACGUGGGGACGCAGGACCUUUAACGAAAUCAUCGCUGCACCUAUGCACACGUACUUACCAUUUUUCCCAAUGAUUAUUUCUGACUAAUUCUCAACUGAUUUUUGCUCGCGGCGAUCCGGAUUGUUGCCGGCAUGCUUGAGAUGUCAAACUGAAAUCUACUUUAACUUUUACAAAAACCCUUCUAGGGUAGUUGCCAUGUUGAAGAUGAGUCAGCUUAGUACUUAGAGGCUGUGCAACAAUUGGACCCCCUUUCGCCAAGGCGAAAGGGGGGGGGGGUAGGUUGGUCCAAUUCCGGAGGACGGGGGCUGGCACCCCGACGCAAGGGCGGCGGGGGCUCCCGUCGGUCUCGCCCCACAGACAACAAUCGAACGCCCGGCGGCUCUUCUUCGUGUGCCGCCUUCGCAGGUGGCGGCUGUUCGGUUGGUCGGCAGUAGGCCCACAGGCGUACGCAACACGGCCGAAACCAUUUGCCUGCUAUCUAUGGGCGAGUCCAGAACCGGGCGCGCCGUAGCAUGUGCGUCGGGGCGGGCAGCCCUAGGAGGGCGGGCGCCCGCGGUGUUUUUCUUCACAGACAUUCCGAGCAGCAAGGUGCAUCGGGUCGAUUGCGGGCGCCCAAUGUCAUGACCCCGGGCUCCCCGUGCUGCUUGGGGGGGGGUUUGACAAGUCGGUGGGCACAUGGGGUCGGCCCGAAGUUUUUUUGCCCCGUGUUGUGAGGCGCAGGCGGAGGGGGUGGGGAGGCAUCCAUGCGCGCGCUGUCAGGACCGGCGAGCACAGACGGAGGCAUGCAGUGUGAUGCAAAUGUAGUCCGAACGGGCGCGCGCAGCGCGCCCCGCAAAAUUUGCCACAUUAGCACUACGCGCCCGCCACCACAAAUAAAACGAACAGAACAAACCUGCUCGGUUUAUCGGCAGCGGGCGCGCGCAGCGGGCCCCGCAAAAUUUGCCACAUUAGCAUCACGCGCCCGCCACCACAAAUAAAACGAACAGAACAAACCUGCUCGGUUUAUCGGCUGCGGGCGCGCGCAACGCGCCCCGCAAAAUUUGCCACAUUAGCAUUACGCGCCCGCAACCACAAAUAAAACGAACAGAACAAACCUGCUCGGUUUAUCGGCAGCGGGCGCGCGCGGCACGCCCCGCAAAAAUUUCCACAUUACCAGUACGCGCCCGCCGCCACAAAUAAAACGAACAGAACAAACCUGCUCGGUUUAUCGGGAGCAGGCGCGCGCAGCGCGGCCCGCAAAAUUUUCCACAUUACCAUUACGCGCCCGCCACCACAAAUAAAACAAACAGAACAAACCUGCUCGGUUUAUCGGGAGCAGGCGCGCGCAGCGCGAAUUUUUUUGAAUUCCGGCAGCGCGAGCACUGAUCGCAGCUCAAGGCCUGCUCGCAGCGGGCACGCGCACCGCGCCCCGCAAUUUUUUUCACUGCGCACAGCUCCCGGCGAAAGGGGGGGGGGAGGGGGGAGGUUGGUCUCCAGCGGGCCGCUACCCCCCCUUUCGCCAUGGCGAAAGGGGGUCCAAUUGUUGCACAGCCUCUUACAUGUCUUUACGCUAAAAAAUAGGACUGGUGACGUGGCACCCGUGCCGUCACCCAGCCCGCCCACUUCGAUUCCGGUCCGCGAUCUGACAGAGGAGUUUCAGACGCAGCUGCAUGGCACGGUAUUGUGAAAUUUUUGUUUUUUCAUGUUGCGGUUUCAUCAAAAGUUGUAUGAGAUUGUCGUAAGUGUCGUGUUGUAACUCUUGGAGUAUCGCCUUUUGAUCAUGGGUUGUGAGUUGCUGGUGUAAUUUAGUGCUGCUCAGCUCGAAAAAGUACUCUGUAGAAGUAGGAGCUCUCCUGGUUUUCGCAGAUCUUCGCCCGAUUUCAUCACGUUCUCUCGCUUGGGGUUUUUCGAAAACUUCACACGCGAGGAACUUGCGCCUGCGCAAACGAUGGAAAAAAAGAUCGAUCCUCCACGCAUUCUAUUUACUCGUACAACCCGAAAGGACACUUCUCGCUCUUUCGCGAAGACGCAACGAAAGCCAGUUUGUAUGUGUCUAAUACUACGCACCUACACACCAGGUGGAGGGAAUGCUGCAAUACAAUGCGCAACACAUGGAGCAUGCGCGCAAGGCGUUGGAUGCUCUGAUGACAGACCAGCUGGAGUGGGUUAAGGUGUUUAAGAACGAGCAGGUGCUUCAGACGCUGUUCAGAUCCAAUCAUCACGUUUUUAGCACGUGGCACCCCCACAUCAACGGCCUUGUGAACCACAUCAACGCCGUUUGGCACACGAAUCCCAACUUUGACUUCGUGGCGAAUCUGGGUUCCCCGCACCACAAAUUGCCAGACAUGCCGGGGCUGAGCAGUCCCCUGGACCAGGCCACGAUGGAGUGGCUGCAAAGCGGGCUGCGCGCACAGCAAACCAAACAGCCACUACAGCGGCUCACUGGAGCGGCUGCGAACGGAGCGCUUGGCGGAACGCAGCAGCCGCAGCAGAACUUGCAGCAGCAGCCGCAGCAGAUGUUGCCGCUGACACAGCAACAACUACAGAUAGGGCUCCAAACCUUCCAGAGUCUCCCGCAGCAGUCGCAACAGGCGCUGCAGCAGAUGGCACUGAACGUCCUCACGCCUGAAGAGACCAUGUUCCAGCAGAACCUGCAGCUGCGGAUGCAGAGCACGCCGAACUACCAGCUGCCUCCCCAGGAGUUGCAGCAACUCCACCAAAACCAAUACAAGAUCCAGAUGAAGCUAGCUGAGACGGGCUGGGAAAUGUACCGGCAGAACCAAGCAAGGCAGGAUGGCGGGGCGACAGCGGGUGGCAUGAUGCAAGGCCAGCAGGCCCAGGUCGCCGCGCCCGCAAAUCAGCAGUUUGGAAACAUGAUACCGAACAACGGGGCCGCGACUGGGACCGGCGCCACCACGCAGCACCCCCUGCAGCAGGACGGUGCGGCGCCGCCCGCGCUGUCCCCGCCCAACGUGAACCGAGCGGGCGGUACGGGUGGUGCGGCCAUGGGAGGCAACCUGUACACAAGCCAUAGCGUCGAGUCCUCCGUGAUGGAUCCUGAGGAGGCCGCGCGCAGGGACAAGCACUACCCGCGGGACUUCAUGGUGCAGGUCAGAGUGAGCCUGGAAAAGGCCGGCAAGCUCUCGGAGCCGACUGUACAUUGGAAGACUGCAAAAAUGGCUUCGACCGGCGAAUACGACAUUAAGCGAAAGACCCCAUCGGGUAGCGGCCAGGGACAGCUUAGCAAAGUAAGUUCCCGUGGCGCAGGCGGGCAAGACUGGAAAAAGAAAAAGGUACCAAAAUUGCAUCUUGUUCACCUGCCUUACGAAGUGCUUUCGUAGAAAGUUUUGUACACCGAAACCGAAUGACUUCUACUCCGUUUUGUUAGAUUUGUAGUUUUGUCUAAGUACUAUGAUAAUGAUUGUUUCAUCGCGCCGUCUCUCAUGGUUGUCCUAAUAAAGGUGUCGCAAGUACUAGAGACGAGUGACUGGAUAUGAUCAGGAGUAGAUUUGAGUCACCCGUUCUAGCCAAGAACUUCAGUAUUUUUACGGCAUUCUUUAUCACAGUUGUUCACGGACGAGGCAGAUAACUUUAGCAGUCGUGCGGACUUGAUCGGCGUGCGCAAUUUUAGCAACAACGCAUUUGCCGGCGGAAACCGGGGGUACGGCCAGUACCAGCAGCCGAACGACCUGGGGCUGCUGAAGAAGACGCAGAACGCGUACCAGGUGGGGCACGUGGACGGCAGCCGGCUUCAGCAGAUCAAGCGGCAAGUACAGGCCUUGCUGAACAAGAUCGCGCCGGACAACCUGCAGGUUAUCGUGGACCAGAUGGCCAAGAUCGAGAUCGAGCGGGCCAACGAGCUCGACAUGGUGAUCGAACUGGUGUACGCAAAAGCCUUGAACGAGGACCACUACUGCCAAACUUAUGCGGACAUGGUCUACAAUCUGAAAACCCGGUACCCCGAAUUCCCCUCGGAGGAGGAUCCCACCAAAAAGAUCACUUUCCACCGCCAGCUACUCACCGUCUGCCAAGACAAGUACGAAUCCUGUAGCAGAAUGCUGGCGGGCGACGAAAUGGUAUUGGCUGACAUUCAGCGCUUUUUUUUAUUCAAGAUAAUGCCCUGAUUCUGAUCCAGUCCAGAGCCGUCGCAGAAUUAGGAUCUGUAGGCGGAAACGGGUUUCUUGAUUCGUUCAGGGUUUCUAUUUUUUAUUUUGGAGAAAUUCAACUGGCAGCACACACACAAACUUGUACUCCACCGUUGUAAAAAAACUAGAAGAACAUCAACGAGAGAGUCAGAAUGUUGCUGAUUCAUCUAAUGCGGCGUGGUCGCAAAAAGUAACAGAAAACGGAAACUAUGAGAUACGUUCUUCUUGUGGCGUGUUAGGUUUUCUGUGGUACUUGACACUCCCAUUAAAAACAAUAUCACAGCCAGCGGACCUGAAAGGCCAGGAGCUGGCCGCGGAGAUGAAGAAGCGACGCAAGCACAGUAUAACGAACAUGAAGUUUAUCGGGCAGUUGUUUCUGCGGCAGUUGCUGUCUGUGAAGGUGAUCACGUCUGUGAUAGAGGAUCUGAUCCAGCUGAACAGCGAAGAAGUGGGGGGACCGCGGGAAGAUGAGCUCGAGUGCGCCGUGGAGUUACUGCAGACGAUCGGCUACACGCUCGAGUCCGUCACGGCCAACGCCCCGAACGGGGAGCAGCAGCAGGGCGGUAACAACGGCGAGCAGCAGCAGUCCUCGCGCCUUUCGAACUACUUCUCCAAGUUGCGAUUCCUCAAGACGAGCAAGGAUGAGGGGGGCAAUUACCGCUACAGCAAGCGCUGCCAAUUUCUCAUUCAAGACCUGCUUGACCUACGCAUGCAGGGGUGGAGAAAAAAGAUGCUCAAGGAGGCCGCUAAGAAGAAGGAGGACAUGUCGGGUGACUUGAACGACCCUAACGCGGCCCGACCAUUCGAAUUCGAAAUUGCAGGCGCCAGGCCUGACUACAUAUCAGGUAACAGUAUUAGCACGUCUAGUUUAUCAUGUUUGUUGUUGCCAACGUCGACAGCCUGUGCACAAACACUGUUUCUGGAGGUGAAGCAGUACAGUACUUCCAAUUCAUUUUCUGUCUACCGUUUCUUUUAGAACCGAAAGAAGAACCGUCGGGUCAGCUUUUCAGCGAGCAAGUUCGAAUUUUCCUAUUCGAUGAAUGAAGAUCGCGAUCCCUCAAGCGACAAGUUCAAUAAAUGAAGUCAAUGCGUGGACACCAAAACCACAGCUGCCAAGAAUCAGCGAGCAGACAAAGGCGAGCAGAAGGACGUCGACAUGAAGUCAGUCACCAAGAUCAUCACGUAUUUUGCGGAGGACGACGAUAAAGACGAGCAAGCUGUGGCGAACAGACUAAAGAAAGGUAUAGCAUUAAAGCCCAUCAUGCACACAUUCUAGUAAGUACCAUGCGUAAAGCAAUACGUUUUUGUUACUGCGCUCGCGUAUUUUUUCUCAGCGUUGUGAUCGCAUUUUCUGCGUCGCUUUUUUUUGGGAACAGCAUGUACUGCGAGAAAGAAAUCAGCGCAAGAAAAGCUUUUACUUUCAUCUUCUUGCCGAUUGGUGGCAUUCAUUGCGGGCGCUUCGCGACGAGAGCGUGCUGAGUAAUAAGGCGCCAAAAUAAUGAAUGAAAAUAACAUCUACAUCUCGACAGAUUUCACGGAUUCGGUACCGCCGAACAUGGUAGAAAAGGCCCUGCAAAUCGCGGUUCAAUACGCGCAAGCGAAAGGCGAACGAAGUGGGAAAGUAUCAAGCAUGUUCUUAGCACUUGCCGACAAGGGCGCCUGCAGAUACGGACAAGUAGGAGCAGCUAUUGGGGACGGUAUUGAUUGUUUUUGUUUUCAUCUUUUAUGUGGAUCACUUUACAUGAGAGUUUUCCUAUUUACGUUUGAAAAUGCCUGCCCCUUGAAGAUCCACGACAAUUCAUUCUGAUGAUCAGGCCUGGCUAACCUGCACGAUACGCUGAUGGACGAACCGCAGGCGGACCAGAUUUUCCACGUGUUUUUCGCGCGUUGUUUUACCGAAGUGAAGAACAUGGGUCAUUUUGAUAACUUCUUCACGGAGCUGCGGGAUCGCGUCUUGGUGGAAGACGAAGGGGCCGAUAUGGUGGCGCGCAAAGAAUGCGUCCGCAAGGUGAUGAACCAGGUCAAGCAAACAUCCUUUCGCAUUCGGAGGGAGCAGCGGGAGCUGAUUGACAAGUUUCUAGUCGACUUGGAGCCUUGAAGAAAGGAGCAGGCACAAGGCGGACUACAGUUCCCGGGCUGACGAUCAAUUUCGACAGUUAGAAGCUGUGCUGCUUUCCCCUGUUCUUUCCGGUUCUAGUCGUUCGCGAGGAUAGUAAGGAUCCGCUCACUCCGACUCCCCGCGCCAUUGCUACCGCCGCACGAUCUCCAACAACGCGAUCUCCUGAUGUGAUUGCAAAAUGCGCGACUUCAUCUCCCUCGUCCCAUCCCUGUAAAAAAUUACAAUUCACAAGAACGACACCCGCGUGCGACCCCGGAGCAGUCUACUAACUUAGCUGUUUUUAUCGAAUAAGAUUGGAGCAGGCCAGCAUCAAUCUUCUAGUUAGGAAAAGCAAUCGCAAUCACCAAGUAGUCAACGUAAAUACAAAAGUGACACCAGUUGUCAAAAGAUGAAACUCAGUAAAUGAUAAACUCGACCAUUGCCAGUAAGUGUCUUGCGGUGGGGGUUCGUCUAAAGUAGCACCACACAAGAAGACCCUUGUUGGCAAGCGCAAACGUCGGGCAAAGAAGUUUUUCUCGUUUCCAUCACAAGCAACCCUGGCGUUGAGCGAUCGAAAUUCAAGAUAAAGUUGCUGCGUUUGAUUUUUUUUUGAAGUUGAGGAAUUUUUUUAAAAAAGGAGUUUGACCAGAAAAACGCAGGUCAAGCAUCGCGGCAGGGAACAAAGAAAGUGUCGUCCUCUACAACUGGCAUUGUUGUAGCUUCCAUAAUACCUUUAGGCCAUUAUCAGGAUAGCCGUGAGAACCGAUUCAGCUUGUCCUGUGCGCACGCUUAUUUUACAGAUUAGCGUGAGUGUGGGAACCGAAGGAUGAAUGUGAUAAGUACUACUUGUCUAGUUUCCGAGAAGCAUAAGUGGUGACGCAUGAAGAUGGUCACACAAUCUCAAGGUCGCCGGUAUCUGCAUCUGAGACUAUAACCGAAGGAAAAACUACAAGCAGUGCCGGCUUUUUUCAAGUACUGGCUAGAGAAUACAGAUUGAGAGUCAGCAAUUACUGGUCGAUAAGGCUGCUCCCGUAUCCAUUUACCAAGUUUGGUACUCUCCAACGACACGGAUGAGGAGUGCCAGUAGAUGGACGCGAAAACUUAAACUCGUCGAAAAUUCUUGUGCUAGCAACACGCAUCAACAUUUCAAAAGAAAAUUAUAAUCAGCAGAACUUGUUUAUUUUGUCGUGAGGAAGCAGCUGCGCCUGCGCCCGCUGGGUUUUUGACUGGAUACACAUCAUUUUUAUUUACUCUAGACUACGGCGCUUCUUCAUGAAUAGGACGUAUGUACCCAACGAAUUGAGUUUCUUUGAAAUGAUACAGGUCAUCCCCCGUAUUAUUACUAAUUGGAAUUGGAAUCUGUCGCUUCUAAGUCUGUUACAGCUGUAGUUUCGAAGGGCAAGCAUUUCUUGUGUCUUCGAGCGUUUCACCAAAAAGUUUAUACCACUCUCGUCCUCACUACUGUACGUAGUUUGUUUACAGCAACACAUAUGAGAAUCAAUGUAUCUUUCACGCAUUCGUACUUUCACUUUUCAAUUGCUCCUGUUCCGGUUCGUAUAGGAGGAUUCUUGGAACUACAAGAGCACGCUUUUUCAUCUUUUUUCGUCAAUGUACCUACAAGCAGCACAAGACGGCUUAUCUAUCUAAUAUCUGAAAUUAAUUGUUGUAAGUUGCUGUAAGUUGUUGCUAACGCUCUCGCUCGCAUUACCCUUCAUGAAUUAUCUGUUCACCUACAGUACUCCACUACUCCUCCACCCGCAUUGAAUUUUGUUUUUUCGGGUCCAGCUUCUCCUCGGUACUCCGACUUCAGUUAGUCGCGCCGUUGCAAAGCUGGAAUUCCGAAAAGCGCAGCGCCACUUCGAUGGAACAAGUUAUUUUUCGAUGUGCCGGCUUCACUAUCUUAAUCUUUACGUCUGGAUGUCCUUCCCCUUUGUCGAUCUCAGCUGUCUCAACGUAUCUACCGGUAGGAACGGGGAUUGGCGAUGAAUUUGAGGCAACUUUUUAU